AUGUUCUCUAUUCAAAAGUCAGGAGCAUUCAAAACACUGAUCGUUUUGGGAUCAGGAGGGCAUACAACAGAGAUGUUAAGUAUUGCAAGUAGUUUGCCUGCGCCGUUGAUUGAUGAUGCAACAUUUUUGAUCGCUUCUACGGAUAGGAUGAGCGAAAUCAAACUGAGACAGAAGUUUCCCGGUGCGAUGGUGAAGAAAACUCCUCGUGCACGGGAAGUGAAACAAUCAUGGAUCACUUCUGUGUACACCACUCUGAUUGCAUCAUUUCAUGCAAUGUGGUUUGUAUUCAUGAUUCAACCUGAUCUUGUCCUUUGCAACGGACCAGGAACUUGUGUACCCAUCGCAUAUUCAGCGUUCCUGUUCCGUUUUUUCCUUAUGCAGAGAUCAAAGAUUAUUUUUGCAGAGAGCAUUGCCAGAGUGAAAUCCUUAUCUCUCUCUGGAAAGCUCUUGUAUCCGAUAGCCGACGAGUUCGUUGUUCAGUGGCAGGAGCUCAUAGAAAAGGCUCCACGUGCUCGUUAUGUUGGCUUCUUGAUAUGA